UCUCUCUCUCUCUCUCUCUCUCUCUUGUCUUCUCUCUCCCCCAUAAAUCCCAAAGCUCCUUGAAACCUUGGAGAUUGAAGUAGUAUGGAUGGAAAUUUUGAAGUGCUUAAGAUCCUUGGUGGCCAAAACUUGUGUCACAUAUCUCAAUGCAGCAGCAAGGCAGAAGCAAAUUAAGUGCUUUUACUCCUCUGGCACCUCCUUCAAGGCCAGCUUCAGAGAUUGAAAAAAGCAAUGGAAAUAGAUUACUGAGGUUCUCUGACUGUCACUAGGAAUGAGAUGGGUUGUGCUGCGACUUAAGAGGAUAAGGUUACGGAAAUCAGUGAGGUUUUGGUCAGACUCUUUGAGUCUCUUACUCAUCGUUCCCCAUCAUCUUUCCCAAUCAAAAUCCACCCUUUUCUUCUAAACAUUCAACACCAACUUCCCUUCAUCUUCUCUUGCUUUGCUUUUUGUUUGAGUUUCGUUUCAAACCAACCCUCUCCAUCAUCAGUUUUAUUUAGCUCAGAUUCUCUUCAAAUCCCAUCCUUUCUCUUCCAAUUAUUUCAGCUUUUUGAUAUGCCAUGAAAGUACAAUUCAUCUGUUUUUCGCUAUCCUUUUUGGGGUUUCCCUGUUCUUGCUGGGUGUCAUUUCUGAGUCUGAACCGAGGCCCUUGAAAUUUGUGAUUUUCUCUGGUAGUAUUCAGAAAGAAAUAAAAAUCUGAUAAAUAUCCGUGUGAAAGCCCAGUUUCUUUCCAAGAGUGAUCAGGCCAGGCAGGUAAGUAAGUUCAUUUCAUAUUGCUUCUCUCUCUCUCUCAGUCUCUGUUCCUUUUUGUUCCCGAGGAGAUUACCCAGUUCAGUUCCAUCGCAUUCUCACUUUCUUCAGCACCAAAAAUGAAACAAAAUAUGUUAUUUUCCCCAUAUAUUUAUAUUGGAACUAGUGACUCUGUUUUACUCAUUGUUAACAACUGAUUUCUUUUUCCAUUUUUGUUCUACUCAUCUUUCUCUUAUUGGCUCAUGGACUAAACUUGUUUUUCUGUUUUAGAUCAACCAGUAUGGCAGGUUCCAACACCAGAUGGAGCCAUGGGUUUCAUGGAAAAUCAAUCAAAGACGAAGACUUUGAUGAAGAACAAGCGUGGGGCUUUCCCAGCGAAACCAAAAAAGAAGAAGCUUCGAGCCCCGUGGCAACAAAAUUCAAGCACUUCAAUUCAUCAGCCUCUUCUUCUUCUUCUUCGUCUUCCUCUGCUUGGUGCAUGCAGAUCAGCUCUGCUCCAAAAAUGAUCCCAAAAGCCAAAACCACACCCAAUCAAGAACCCAAAACUGUGAAGAGAUCCUCAGCUCCUUUGGAGAUACCAGACUGGUCCAAGAUAUAUGGAAGAAAUGGCAACAUGGGUAGUCAUUGGAUGGGCGAGGAAUACGGCUUUAUUAACGAUGAUGAGGAGGAAGAGGAGGAGGAGGAUGUUAUGGUUCCUCCACAUGAAUGGAUUGCUAGGAAGCUUGCAAGGACCCAGAUUUCAUCCUUCUCAGUUUGUGAAGGCAUUGGAAGAACAUUGAAGGGAAGAGAUCUAAGUAAAGUGAGGAAUGCCAUAUUGACCAAAACUGGGUUUUUGGAGUGAUGCAACAAAAAACCAUCAUCAUCAUCUUCUUCAAGAUUUAAGAACAACUGUUUGCGUCUUCUUUUUCUUGUUUUUUGGGUCAGUUUUGGUCUCACAUUUUGGUUGUUUCAUUUGAGUUUUUGGUAAUUGAAUUCCAGUUUUGUAAUAAACACAAAACGAUAGAACCUUAUAUUUUUCGAAUUUUAG